AUGUCAUCUCGUUCCAACGUCCCCGGUCCGUUCUGGGCCAAGAUGACGGAUCUCUGGAUGGCAAGAUUCGACCUCAAAGUGAGGGAUAUCUACAAUCACAAGCCCCGGCUCGAUCGGCCUCGCGGCGACGCAAUGCUUUUGGAACAGUUUGGUCAACAGAACCUAGUCAGCACGCGGUGCGGGGACCUGCACUUUCUGCGGAGGAAGGCCGUCGCCGCGGGGUAUUCAGUGCCAGUUGUGGGGGGGACUGCUGUGCAAGAGAUGCUUCGCGAGCUUGUUGCUAGGUUCAUGAGCAAUUUGGAGACGGAGAGGACGGCAGCAGGCAGUCGUGGGGUUGAUGUGUGGCCGCAGUUGCGGUGGUUGGCUGCGGAUAUCAUGUCUAGAAUCUCAUUCGGUGAUGCUGGUGGGUUAGACUUGCUGGGGAAUAAAGAGGGCCAGAGGGAGAGCAUGUCGUAUUAUUUGAUCUCGAGCCAGAUGGAGGAGGAGGUUGCUUCUUUGAGGGUUUUGAUGAUGGCCUGGUUCCCUCGCAUGAGCAAAGUGCUGGAGGGGAUAUUCCCUUCUUGGUUCAUUACCAUGACGGAUACCCAGAGAUGGGCUCUCGAGGCCACGCCGCAGGCUUUGAAACUUGACGUCGAGAGCUCAGAUGGCGGGCACAUACCGGUGGCCUUGCAGCUCGCGAAACACCAAAAGGCAAAUGGCAGUUCAGAGGCCGUGCCUGAUGAAAAGUACAUCGCAGGCGAAGCCCUGGAUCACUGGCUGGCCGGGUCCUCCACGACCCCGAACGCGCUUUCCUGGUUGCUUUACGAGCUGUCGCGUCCCGAAAACGCCCUUCGUCAACAACGUCUUCAGCAAGAGCUUCGUGCGGCCAGUAUCACGCCGGAAUCACCACCUAAUGUCCAUGACCUCAACAAGCUUACCUACCUAGACUGCGUGCUCCGCGAAACCCUUCGACGGCAUCCACCGGCCCCUGUUUCCCUGACUCGGGAGGCUCCCAGCGGCGGCAUGACAAUUGAUGGGCACUUCGUCCCAGGCGGAGCACAAGUCUCGGUACAGUCAAUCAGCCUUCACAUGGAUCCCGACGUUUUCCAUGAGCCCAAUGACUGGAAUCCCGAACGAUGGGAUAUUCCAAGGGCCAGUCCACAAUUCAAGGAGAUGCAGACGAGUUUCUGGCCAUUCGGAAGUGGCCCAAGGAUGUGCAUCGGCAUGCACCUUGCCUGGGCUGAGAUGCGUUUGGUUGCCGCCAAUGUCUUCAGCACGUACAAGACACGGCUCGGAGAGCAGUACUUCACGGAAAAGGCCGAUGGCACGCGGGCUUUGAGGGAGCUGGAUGGAAAUACCAAUGGGGAUUUGCUUCCCGAAGCGCCUUUCGAUCCCAUCAUCUUCGAGAGAGUCGCGAAUGAAUGA